AUGACGGAGAACAAUUCUGAUUGUCUUAGGUGUGAACCACCCAUUGUUACAGCCAACCUGUGCAAGGAAGCAACAGCAGAAUGCCCACAACCUGUUUAUGGAAAUGACUCCAAGCCUACUGCUGCAGAAUGGCUGAAACUGCAGCCUCCUAAGGACACUCCGAUGCAUCUUAGGGGCUCUCCUCUUAGCCCCUUCGCUUGGAACAAGGUGCAGAAUGUUCCCCUUGACAAGAUGUCAAGGGACCAUUUCAUGUCUAUGGAUGGUAAAACCAUUGAGCCUGAAAUCAGUUUGGUACAAGACAACAUUGCCAAGCUGGAAUUGGCCAUUGUGGCCAAACUCAUGGGACGGCGUAUUUCCUUCCCUUUUCUUCUGGAGGAGCUCAAAUGCAGAUGGUCUCAUUUUGGGGAGUUUGAGAUCAUCACCAUUGGCCCGAACACGGCUAUUUGUAUCUUCCAAAGUUCUGCGGCUAGGGACGCCGUUAUCUCUAGUGGUCCUUGGAUCAUAGCGGGCAAUAUCAUUGGUUUGGAUAGAUGGGACUCUUCUUGUUCUCCCAACUCCUUGCAUGGUCUCCGCUCACCAAUUUGGAUCCGUUUGCCCCAACUCCCCCUCAUCUAUUGGGACAUCAAUAAUAUCACUCGCAUUGCUAAUUCGCUUGGGGAGCCUCUCUGGAUGGAUUCACAUACGAACAAAUGGGGGAGGUCUUCCUUUGCUAGAAUUUGUGUCAAGAUUGAUCUAACACAAAAGUUGCUACCCGGUGUUUGGAUCAACGACAUCAACGACAGAUUUUUCCAACGGGUAGAAUACGAGGGACUUACAAAUUUCUGUUUCGAUUGUGGCUUGAUUGGCCAUGCAAAAGGGAGUUGCCUAUCCACCAUAUCGGCUAAAGCUCUAUCCCUGACUGGGAGUCGGAUAGCCCAGCCCAUCCAAGAACAGCUAGGUGUGCAGCCGGUGGCAGGUCCCUCAGUAGUCCCGAGACAUCUACCUCAGCAGAAUCCCGCCAGCUAG